AUGUCGCCUACCGAGAGCAACGGGAGUCCACGCUCGACCACGAGCCGCACGAGCGCGUUCUUCGCAUCGGGCUUUGGCUCCUCAGCUGGGCCCACUCCUGCUCCGCCCACUCCACUCGUCAAGUCAAAGUCCAUCUCCCGGCUCCACCAGCCCUCUCGUUCCUCGACCAUGUCCUCCUCGUCCACUUCGGGCAACAGCAACAACGACGACGGCAGCAGCACGUUUGCGUUCAACUCUGGGAUGGGCGGCGCCAGCGUUAAUCGCUCCGCCUCGGACUCAAAGUUUCGUCAGCCUCCACGCAAGGCGACGGCCAACGAUUCGUUCUUUAGCCAGAGCGCCGCGACGCUCAUGCCCGAGCCGCCCCCGAGCCUGUCCCGCCGCCCGUCUGCGCGGAGCCAACAUGGCCCGACGAGCAGGAGACCGGGCACGCCCGAUCGGGAUGCGGGUCCGAGUUUGUCCUUGUCCCCCGACAGGGCGGCGCGACUUCCUCCCCGCGAACGGUUCUUCCCGUCUCGUUCCAACGUUGACCGGCGUGAUCAGUGGGAAGAAGCGACUGGUGGUGGUGGAGGUGAUACCUGGGCUGGAUACGGUAGUCCGCCUGGGUUGAGCGGAUUUGCGAGUGCAGCGAGUUUGGGUGGACUCGCGUCUUGGGAGAAUCGGCGCUGGGGAGGGUCGCAGGCGAGUACAGGCUGGUCGGGCGGGAGCUCGCGCGGAGCGUCGCCUGCCCGUCCCGAAACGCGCGCAUUUGUCGACUUGGAUGAAGGAGUGGGUGUUGGGGGAGGAGGCACUAUGGAACCUAGGAGACCGUCGCUUGAAGAAGUUGGACAACAGCAACAACAACAGCUUGGUGCCAAGGAUAAGCCAGCACCCACGGUGACGACAUCACUCUCGGCCGACUGGCGCGCGCUCGCAAAUGAAAAUACCCCGCGGCCGGUUACGGCUUCGUUGCCUGCCCCGAUCAACUUGACGCAUCAGAAGAAACCGGUGAGAAGUGCUCAUGCUCGUGCUGGCGGGGGUGAGAUUGCGCAACACCAUCAUCAUCAUCAUCCACCGCUCCAUCGUGAACACUCAAAUCUCCACCCCUCGAAUCCGGACGUUCCGAGACCGCCUUCUCCACGCGUUGGGACCCUCUUGUGCGACUCGGAUGUCAAACUCAAGUUGAUCAGCCGAUUAGGAGUCGGCGCAUUUAGUUGUGUCUGGUUAGCCGAGGACGAGGAGGGAAGUCUGGCGGUCGGAGAUCGAAGAGCGCACAGUACGAGCGAAGCCAAACGUCGAAGGGACAGACGGAUGCACGGUCUUCGCCCCUCUGCCCUCGGCGCAGAAUGA